AUGGCUUGUUAUUUCCGCACUGGUCUUUCCUAUUCCGCUUCUCCUCUGUUGAUACGUUUCGAUUACCACCGUCCUAUUCAGGGUGGUGGAUAUCGGCUCUUGAUGUCCUUUAUGAUCACCGUCCCGACUCUCGCCGGCGUUGGUGCCGAAGGAGUUCGGCGUGUCGCAAAACUGUCGACAUCUUUGAUGGCGUGGCUGGUCAGUCUGGACUUAUCGGCUCUUUUGAUGGUCAUGUAA